AUGUUACGACAGACGUUUCAUCGAUGUAAAGGGUUUAGACGACCUCUAUCAACGAUCGUCAACAAUUCGUUAGAUGACUUUACCGUAGGCGGCUGCGUCAAGGAACCUAAGGUGAUCAUUAUCGGCGCGGGACUUGCCGGCCUGUCAGCCGCUCAACGAUUGGCGUCUGCUGGUUUCAAAGACUUUACUAUUUUGGAGGCUAGUCACCGAGUCGGAGGUCGUAUAGAAACGUUUUGCUACGACAACAAAGUACUGGAAUUCGGCGCUCAAUGGUUCAAGACUGGAUUAAACAAUAGCAUUUUUAACUUGGCCAUGGAAGAACAGCUGGCCUUGCAGUCCGAUAACAACUCUGCCGGAAUAUUUCUGUCGCCGGAAGGCCUCCCGGGCAUCCGACAGUCCGUAGGCGACAUAGGUUACACGAUAUUCAGCGAGAUGAAGUCAAAGCUGAACAAAAUGGACUGCAGCGCCGACAAAGUACAGCGAUCCGUUCUAGACUACCUAAACUUGCGCAUUCAACAGGAGUUAGCCACAUUGUCUGGGCCACUACAGUACGACGUUUACCGAGUCAUUUACGGGUUAACCAACGACUUAAAGGCCGAAAUAGGUAUCGACCUGUCUUUGGCGAGCGCCUUGGACGUCCACGGCAUGGCGUCCGAUUCCGGACGCCGUGUCACCGUACCUAGAGGCAUGGCCAACUUACUAGCACCCCUCCUCCGAGAAAUACCGGCCGAAAGCGUGCACUACAACAAGCAGGUUGAUACAGUGUCAUGGGGCACGCAAGUGCCCACCUCGCCUAGGGCUUUGUUAAUGUGCCAUGACACCAGCGCGUACGAAGCCGACUAUGUGCUAGUCACCGUGCCAUUAGGGGUGCUCAAGUCCACCGCCGACACCAUGUUUUGUCCAUCGUUACCGUCGUCAAAAACGGAAGCCAUCAAAGCGCUUGGCGUUGGGCACUUACAUCGAGUGUUCAUGGAGUAUACCAAUCCGUUUUGGGCAGGCGACCAGCCCAAAUACCGGUUUGCCCGCUGUAUGGACGAGGUGAACGGCCCCAAGGGAUGGGCGUCGACAAUAAGUCGCAUUGACUACGUGAACAACACUCUUGCGUUUGAAGUGUCCGGCCAACAAGCCGUCGAAAUGGAAAACUGUUCCAACGAACACGUGGCAAUGGAACUCACCAAUCUCCUCCGACAGUACACUGGAAAUUGGAUUCCGUUUCCUAGUAACCUGUUGCGGUCUCGGUGGUGGACAAACAAGUUUUUCCGAGGAGCACAGAGUUAUUUGGGAAUGCAGUCGAAUGUCGAGCACCAGAAAGAGUUAGGAUCGCCGGUUUUCGCACACAACGAUCCGAACAAUCCUAUACUAUUAUUCGCUGGCGAAGCGACCAGCAUUGGCAGUCACGCCACUUUGCACGGAGCAAGGACUUCUGGCAUCCGAGAGGCUCACCGCAUUCUUAAGCUUACCAAAGCGCAAAAUAAAAUUUAA